GUUAACUUGUUCUUGUUUUUGCGUUCUUCUUCUUUUUAUGUUUCAUAUGUUUCGAUAUUAUGCACUUUACAUUCUUCUUGUUUCUCUCUGAAACUGAACCAUGAUUCAUACUUCUUUGAAGUGAAGUUCUGUAGGUUGAUCAAAUCUAUAUGAUGAAAAUCAUUCUUGUGAUCAUUCACUAGAUACAAAGAGAAUGCACUCAUUUCUAUAAACAACUAGGAACUUGUGAGAAUCUAUUUGAUUGCUUGCCCUUUUUAGUACUAUUAUAUAAAUCUUUUUCAUGUGCCAAUAAUGUCGUUUCCUUUUUAUAUCCUAAUUUGCCUUGGGAAUAUACACAACUGAGUGUUUUGUCAUUUUCCUCUGUUUCUUUUUAGACUCUUUAACUUGGAAGUUGUUAAGUAACUGCUGCAACGGAGAAGAAGUGAAGAGAGUUUGGUGAUAUGAUGAAGGGAAGAACAUCUAACACUGUACAGUCCAAUAGGCCUACAAAAAAUGGGAGAAGAGAUCAAAAGCCACAGAAGAAAAACGGUGCUACAAGAGCUUCAGAGCAAGAAAGACUCAAGCCUUUGGAAGCUAAAGAAGAAUCUAAGGUCUCCGAAUCAGUAAGUCUUACAACUACACAAGCAGAUGAUAACACCGUGAAUGGGUCUUCAGAGAGUCAUCCAGAGUCCGAGUCUAGUGAAGUCGCAAAGAAACAAGAGACUGUGAAUGGCUUGGUGAAAGAUUUUGAUGACGAUAAGAGAGCGGAUCUUUUGGUUGAAGAAGUUCAAGAAGAUGCUUCAGAUAAUGGCAUUAGUAGUGGAAGUGAGAAAGAGGCAAGUGAAGAUGAAGAAGCAUUGAAACAAAAGGUUGAGAGUUUGGAGACAAGAAUUGAGAAACUUGAAGAUGAGCUAAGAGAAGUUGCAGCUCUCGAGAUUUCUCUCUAUUCGGUUGUACCAGACCACUCUAGCUCAGCACACAAGCUUCACACUCCUGCUAGAAGAGUUUCAAGACUCUACAUCCACGCUUGUAAACAUUGGAGUCAAGAAAAGCGAGCAGCUGUUGCUAGAAACACAGUCUCUGGUCUCAUUUUAGCUGCGAAAUCUUGCGGAAAUGAUGUUUCAAGAUUGACGUUCUGGUUAUCAAACAUAGUUACUCUGAGAGAGAUCACUUCACAUGCGUUUGGGAGUGAACAUAAUGGUUCAGAGAAGCUAAAAAGAACUAAGCAGCCAAAUGGUUUCACUGCAGCACUGGAGAAAGUUGAGUUCUGGAUUUUCUCUAGAAUUGUUGAAUCUGUUUGGUGGCAGGUCUUCACUCCUCAUAUGCAAUCUCCCGAAAAUGUCGGUAAAACGAAUGAGAAACUAAAGGGAGAUCAAGAGCAAGGAAGCUUUUCAAUUAGCCUAUGGCAAAAUGCUUUCAAAGCUGCACUAUCAAGGCUUUGUCCUACGCGAGGAGAAGGACAUGAGUGUGGUUGUUUACCUAUCUUGUCUAAAAUGGUAAUGGAGAAGUGUAUAGCUAGAGUUGAUGUAGCCAUGUUCAACGCUAUACUACGCGAAUCAGAACACCAGAUUCCCACAGAUCCUGUCUCUGAUCCUAUUCUUGAUUCCAAAGUUCUGCCUAUAACUGCUGGAGACUUAAGCUUUGGAUCCGGGGCACAGCUUAAAAACGCGAUUGGAAACUGGUGUAGAUGCCUCGCUGAAGACUCUCUAGAAGAAGAUGAGAAGUACUUCAGUUUGUUAAACGAACUUAGCGAUCUACUUAUGCUUCCUAAAGACAUGCUUAUGGACUUGUCCGUUAGAGAAGAGGUAUGCCCAUCGAUUAGUCUUCCAUUGAUAAAAAGAAUACUCUGCAACUUUACUCCUGAUGAGUUUUGUCCUGAUCAUGUCCCUGGAGCUGUCCUAGAGGAGCUUAACGCUGAGAGCGUUGCGGAGCAGAAGUUAUCAGGAGUUAGCUUUCCUUAUGCAUCUUCACCUGUUACAUACGUUCCUCCAUCAUCAAUCAAUGUAGCAGAUAAAAUUUCAGAGGUAGGAGACAUCUCUAGAAUGUCGAGGAACGCGUCUGUGAUACAAAGAAAAGGAUACACAAGCGAUGAGGAGCUUGAUGAGCUGGAUUCUCCUCUUACGUUUGUUAUUGACAAAGUGUCUGUAUCACUAAGUUCAGGACACAAUGGGAAGGUGAAGCAGCAAGAUGAGCAAGUAGGUGAAGUGGUAGAGAAUGCAAGAUAUGAGCUUCUUAGGGAAGUGUGGUCGAUGUGAGUGAUUGGAAGCAAAACAUGUUUAGAUUUUUAGUGAAGCUCUUGUUACUUCUGAAACAAAUUAAGUAGUUUCCAAGUUAUUAUAUGUAGCUGUAAGGAUUUUAAUGAAUACAGCGUCUGAAGUGGCAAUAAACUCUUUUAACAACA